AUGGCAGCAUCGUCCGCCACACGCGAGGCGAUGAAACUCGUCGUCCGGCGCUUCUACGACGACAUCUGGAACAAAUUCGACGUCGGCCCCGUCAACGAACUCAUCUCCCCCUCGGUCACGUUCCGCGGGACCCUCGAACACAACACCACCGACCGCGACGGCUUCAAGCGAUACGUGCGUGAGAUCGAGGCCGCCUUUCCGGACUUCUACCAGCGCAUCGACGAGAUGUACGUCGACGGCGACCGCUGCAUCGCGCGCAUGCACUGGUCGGCAACGCACACCCGCGACUUUCGCGAAUACAAGGCGACCCAUCGCAGGUUUGAGUAUCUCGGAGUCGGCAUCUUCAAGAUCAUCAAUGGCCAGAUCCAGGAUGUUUGGGCCGUGGGCGAUACGCACGGCAUGUUCAAGGUCAUUUCUGUCGGGAAGGAAGGCCAUUGA